CGCGCCUCCCGCUUGGCGGCUGCUAGUCGCGGGCUGCCUCGGGCUGUGGGAGUGGAAGGGAGGCCCGCCCGGACGACCUACAGGCCUGGCGCAGAGCCAGCCGGUCUGCAGCGCAGAACUGCUCAGCUCUGGCGGGCUCCCAGAGAGGGUCCCAUGUUUGCACAGCAGCUCCUGAGACCCUGGCCCCGGGCAUUGUUUGGGCUCCCACGGGAACCUUGGCCCACUCCUGCCUCCUCUACCUCUCCUUCCCGUAGGGCUUGGGAACCGCUGGGGAGAUGAAGCCCUGAGAGGUUGGGGAGAACCUGGAGUUCAGUGGUCCCUUGUUCCUGGGCUUGCAAAGCCUGAAGGUUUCCUAGAGGAACUCGGGCCAUGUCCUGGCAAAGAUGUUUUUUUCUGAGCCCCCGAGGGUUCCGCUCACACUGUGGCCUCAACCUACUCUCUGCAAUUCACUCCUCCCCAUUACUGAGAGCAGAAGGAUCAGGACUUUAUUCUCUUUGAACUCUCUCAACUCCGGUCUAGGCCUGGUUCCUCAGGAGGGUCAAAGGCCCUAAAGUCUCAUUCUAAGGGCUUAUGAGUAUCACAAACCUUGAAAGUGGGGCGUGAUAAGAGUUCCUGGAGACCUGUUCUGUUCGGCCUCCAAAGGUAACUGUGGGCCCUUUACCCUUCAUGCCUUGUUGGCCCACGGAGAAAAUACUAGGCCAGGAAAUCUCUGAGGUCCUGGAUGGGGGUAUGGGGAGAGUGUCAAGAGGAGCCAGGCUACCCCUUCUGACUUCUGCCACCUCAGUAUGAGCUUUAGGCCUUUAGGCCUUGGCUCCAGGUGGCCAUCACCUGAAACAGCAGUGAAUUAACCGCACUGCCUGCUGAGGAAGCAGCUGAGAUUUUGAUGCUGCAGGUGGGGCUAUUUAAGUUACAGCUUGUGGUUGAAGGGACUCUAGCUAGCCCGAGCUGGCUCUGGCAGGCCUUGCCCUUCUGCCCCCACCCCCCACCCUACUUGCUAAAAACCGCUGGAUUACAUUCCUAAAGAUACACACCACGGUCUAUUCUCUUAUUUGGCCACUUCCUCCUCCAGAGGCUGAGAUUCAGCUAUCAAAAGCCCCCUUUUUCCUGCCCUAAUUAACAUGUCCAACUAAAAUGAAACACUUCAUCCUAACGCGGGGUUUCUCCUUUUACCUUUAUAAACCACCAUUUGCCUAUGGGCCACAUCUGUCUCCUCUCUAUCUAGAGGUUCCUCUCCUCCCAAAUCCUCCAUCUUCUGUCUUUGUCCCUCAUUCCCUGUCCUUUGUCCAUCUCCUUUGUUCUGAGAACUUGGUCUUGGGGAUCCUGAGCCAAUAUCGAUCCUUUCAGUGACUGGAAUUCAAACUGAGGUUCUUGUGUUGAGACCGAAGCAGCAGGCUUAGCUUCCUCACAUUUGGGAAUCCCUCCCUUUUAGUGUCUUCUUUUGUUAAAGGAGUUGGGGUGGGACAGUCCUUAGUAGUGACAGAAUGAACAUUCUCUGAAAUGUCUUUCUUCUGUUGGGCCAUGGUUCUGUAGGUAGAGGAUGGGGCACUUUAUUUUCUUUUUUUUUUCCCCAUGUGACUUCUAGCAUGUUCCUCUCUUCCUCCUCUUCAUACUCUGUGAAAGUAAGAUGUUGCUGACCCCAGAAGACUCCUAACGAGAUGCAGGAUGAAAACGCCUACUGCUUCACAUCCCAUUGCCUGACAUUUGUAAGCGUUGUGCCCACGAGUGCCUAGUUGGACUUUCCAGUAAGAGAUAGCAACAAUGGUGUCAAGAUGGAGAGCAACUGAAUCUUGGCAUUCUCACCCAGCAUAUGCACAGUGCUGGCGACAUUAUUUUUGUGCGAUGGCUUGGAUGCUCGGCCAGCAGAAUGCCUACAGAAAGUUCAGGGACUACUGCUUCAGUGUCCGAUGGUUCCUUCCUCGUGCACUUCUUCCUUGGAGUUCUCAUGCUUGUGGAGCUGGGUUUCCUUCAGCCUUCCUAGCCCAGCACAUGGCCUGGCAGGAGUCGCUCUAUACUUCUUCACAUUUUGAAAGGUCUGGGCAGCCUCUGCAUGACUGCAGUAGGAUCCAGGCAUCCACAAGAGAAGAUGAAGCUCUGUGGGGAGAGGAAGAGCAGGGCUCGGAGUCAGAUGACGAAGUAGAAUGUGACCUGAGCGAUAUGGAAAUCACCAAGGAGCUGCGCCAAUACUUUGCAGAGACUGAGAGGCACAGAGAGGAGCAAAGGCGACAGCAGCAGCUGGAGGAGGAAUGCCUGGGUGGCUACGUGAAUGCCGACCACGACCUGUAUUACAGCUGCCAAUCAGUGGAGUCAGAGAGGUCUGGUGUAAAGCGCCAGGCCGAGAUGAAGAGUUUGUAUGGGGAGAGUGCUCCCAAGAUCCUGGCCAUGGAGGCUUCCAUACAGCUGAGUUUUGACAAGAAAUAUGAUAAAACGCAGCCCAAGUACUGGCCUGUCAUCCCCCUGAAGUUCUGAGCUCUGAGCACAGGGGCCCCAGGGAAUGCCUCCUGAACACAGCCAUUAGCUUCACUUCCUUUGUUUUUGGAUGCAUUCUCUUCAUGUGUCCUUCUGGGCAUUUCUCAGAGAAAGGUCCGUAGCCUGAUGGAAACAUGUUCAGCAAGUCCCUGUGGGCCCUUCACGUGGUGGAUGCAAUCUAAUAGCCACAUAGAAUUCUGUGAGCAGGAGGGAUACUGUUGUCAACAUGAGGAAGAUUCCUAUGACCAAAAGCUAUCGUUGUGUGUGUUGCACUGUCUCUUGAAUUGCUAGUAAUGUCUGGUUCACUAAAGUUCUUGCCUAGAGAUGGAGGAAAACAGGACAGAGAGGCUGUAUAUCUGCUUGGCUCAGAUGACCCAUAAGAUCAAGGGCACACUCUGUCAUACCAGGAUUUGCAUUUCAACCCGAGUGUGGCAACUUGCUGGGUGAUGAAAAAGGUGUAGGAGCCCCAGGGGACUGCUGAGUUGAGCACAGGUGCUGUGGGAGCAGACUGCUCUCGACGGGUCACUGCAAGAUUGUCACUGUUGAGCCAGUAGAAGAGCCCACUGUCAGUCCCCAUGCUGUGGGGCUUCCUUUGUAUUCCUGCCUUCAUCCCCAUGGAGGCUGCCUGCUGCUUGCAGGCAGGCUGGAUGGUGGAGAUAUAAAGAGUGGAGCAAACACAGCCGAGGGCCAAGCUCGUGCAGGGACAGGUUGCCCCUAAGAAGUGUCCCUGGCCUUGUUCCUAGUUCCUUGGAAGAUGCCUCAUCAGUCACUGCUAUGCAGAGUAAGCGAAAGACUGGCUGUGCCAUGCCUAGGCUGGAGAAGAAAGCUUCCAUGUCCUCUUUUGAAAGCAGACUAAAAUGUCAGGCGGGGUGUUUGCUGCAGGAAACAACCUAUUCUAGCUAACUGGGGCACGAGGGGACUUAGUAAGAUAUGUGGGACCUCUCAGGGUAGCAGGAGCCAGCCUUGAUCAGCCGGCAACCUUGAUCUGAUGCUAACUCGGCCAGCGCUGUCCCCAGGCCUGGGUGUUGCAACAAGCAGCAUCCGUGGACACAGACGCUGGAUGCUGCCAUCUGGACCACAGCUGCCUCUGAAGCAGAGUGAAUGCUGCUGCCGCUGCUGCCAUCCUCACCAGCUGGAUGGGCGCUGUGUAUAUUGGUUCCUAAUUCCUGGCCCAGAGCACAACAUCUGGUUGGAGGAUCCCAGAUCAGGCCCUUUGAUAAAGCUGCAAGGGAAGCCAGGAAGAGGAAUUUUCAUGUCCUAGAGAGGGAAGUGGGCUCUGCCUGGUAGGACUACCUUAAAUGCUGGUAGCCAAAUAAGCGCCCAGAGGCUCUUCAGAGAACAGUGGGCUUGCAGCACGGUUAGCUGACAAACAUGGACACUCAACUUGGUUCCUGAUGCUGAGUGACGUGAUGCCCCUGGUCCCCGAGAUUUGCACUGCCCUGUGAGCCCCAGGUGUCAACCAGUGGUGGCUCCCUCAUGUUUUCUCAUCUUGAUUCUUUUUUCCGGUAGGUGAAAGACAAAAGGACCUUCAAAGCAGUGUGGCUUGCUGCCCUUCCAGAUGCAGAAGCAGCCCUGCCUGCUGCCAGGACAGGUGACUGGGUUUUUCCAUUGUGGUGAUGAAUUGGGCUGAGUCACCGUCCCUCUGUGGUCCUCUCGUGACCAUGACUGGGAGCAAGUAGAAGGACUAAAUCAUGGGGUUGCAGGGGCACAGAUGAGCCUGGAGCCAAAGAAUCUUCAUCUCUUAGCUGGGAGAGGGGACGCAGGCACUCCCUCCCCUCCCAACUCAGAGGUCAUGAGCCAGACAGCUGGCUGGAGGGGAGCCCUCCUCACCUUUCGUGACAUUGACUUCUUGCCCCUUGGUGCUGAGCCCUGUGCCAUAGAGUCCACUAGAAACAGGAGUUGACCCAACAUUGACCUUUUCUUUAAACUUGAUUCUGUGACGGAAGAAACCAGCAGAUAGCCCACAGUCUAGGCACCAGGGAGAUGUAAUCAAGUUGCAUAAUUGAGCUUACUGUGGAGUGCAUUGAGGGGCUAGGGCUCUCAGGACGGUCUUGCAGGAGGAAGAGACAGCUGAGCCUGCAGAUAAAUGUAAGGUCAGCAGAUGGGGUGACUGGAAAGAGCUCUGUCCACUCAUCUGUCUGUCCAGCUACGCAUACACACAGUGAAAGAUCAAGACCUUAUUUAAAAAAAAUUUAAAGCCAGUAUUGACAUUUUAGGGUACAACCACUACCAUUUUAUGUUUAUCUUGAUAAAAAUUAUUCUUUUGGAAAGCUGAGACAGAAUUCUGUUCAAAGCCAGGCUGGGCUAUCCAGUGGUUUCCAGGCCAGCCUGGGCUAUCAAGUGAGAACCUGUUUCAAUAACAAACAAAAAUUCUCCUCCAAGGUGAUUACAAUAGCUACACUGGUUUUCCCCCCCUCUUUUGGGUGCACCUAAUUUUCUUAGCCAACUCCGUAUCAUUUAGGGUAUGUUGGUUUUUUUAUAACUGGAAGCAAUAUUGCAAGCAGCUCCUGCCCCCCAAGCCUCUGCACAUGCCUGCCAAACCACUCAGCAGCCUCCCUUGUCUGGUUCGGUGUUCUCCGACCACCUGUCAGUGCAGCUCAUUCCCAUCUGGACGCCAGUGUGUGCUUAGAGCACGACUGUCUCCACACCUGCACGGGCUCUGGGGAGAAGCCAAGGGAAAGAAAGGUGUGUCUGUCACCAGCCUCUACCUUCCCCAGCGUGCCAGCCUGCCGUUAAAGCCCCAGGCUUUGACCUUGGUCUGUAGUUGUGUAAAGUGUCAGCGUUGGAAGAGGUUGAACCCAACCAGGUUUCUCUUCUAUUCGUGGAACUUCCUUUUAAUCAUUUCAAAUAAAUAUUAAAAAAACAAA